AUGGAGAAACUGCAAGCAAGAGUCAAGAGAUUCACAACCACUCCUCCAGCCAAAGAACUAGGCAUCAAGAAUAUAAUUGUACAAUCCCCGUCGACUCCAAAGCUUUUUGGAUUUGCUAAAACCCAUAAAAAGAACAAGGAUAUAAGACCAGUCGUCGAUAAAGCAUACGCUCCUACAAUAUUACUAGAAAAAUGGUUACACAACUUUGUUUGGAAACAUGCUCCUAACAAUCCGUACAGCGUCAAGCAACCGUUAGAGGUUUUAAACAAAAUGGCUAAUAUUAACUCGCAGGAAGUUAAAUAUAUGACAGUGUUAGACUACAAAGCCUUAUAUCCAUCUGUUAAACUGGAACCGUGUUUUUGUCAUCUAAGGGAUAUACUACUUAGCAAGAUCCCUUCUCCAAGAAAGAAAAGAAAAUACAUCUUAGAAUUAAUGCACCUUACCAUUUUCUCUGUGCUAUUUAGCUUCAAAAGUGUUACCUACACACAACAAAAAGGAGUAGCUAUGGGCAGCCCCCUUGCAGGUACACUAUGUGAAAUGAUACUAGCAAGGCUAGAAAACGCAGUGAUGCCGAAAUAUGAAGUGCAAAUGAUAAUGUAUGUUUGA